GACCUCUGAAUGAGCCACAUCACACUCAAUCAUAUCUGUACAAACGUACAACAUGUUCUCCAAAAUCGUAGUACUGUGCGCUUUGGUCGCGGUGUCGAAAGCUGGACUUCUGGCUGCUCCCGUGCACUACUCUCCCGCUGAAGCCGUUUCUUCCCAAAGCAUUGUGCGCCAUGACCAGCCUCAGCUCCACACUGCCAAGCUCGCUGUUGCUACCCCUGUAGCCUACCACGCGGCCCCUGUAGCGUACCAGGCUGCCCCAGUUGCCUACCACGCGGCCCCUGUAGCGUACCAGGCCGCCCCAGUUGCCUACCACACUUCUCCACUCCGCUACUCCUCGGCUGAAUCUGUCUCGUCCCAAAACAUCGUCCGUCAUGACCAGCCCCAGACUAUCCAAUACGCCGCUCCUGUAGCCAAGUUGGCCGUCGCUGCUCCCGUAGCUUACCACGCUGCUCCCGCCCCUGUUACCUACCACGCCGCCCCUGCCGCCGUGUCCUACCACUCUGCCCCAGUAGCCAAAAUCGUAGCUCACCAAGCUGAGGAGAUUGCCUACCCCAAGUACGAGUACAACUACUCAGUAGCUGAUGGUCACUCCGGCGAUAACAAGUCCCAACAAGAGGUACGCGACGGUGAUGUAGUGAAGGGUUCAUACUCUUUCCACGAAGCUGACGGCUCUAUCAGAACUGUUGAGUACACCGCUGACGACCACAGCGGCUUCAACGCGGUCGUCCACAACACCGCCCCCACAGCCGCCCCUACUCACAUCAAGGCUCUGCCCGCUCUUCAGUACUACCACCCCACAUCACACUCAAUCAUAUCUGUACAAACGUACAACAUGUUCUCCAAAAUCGUAGUACUGUGCGCUUUGGUCGCGGUGUCGAAAGCUGGACUUCUGGCUGCUCCCGUGCACUACUCUCCCGCUGAAGCCGUUUCUUCCCAAAGCAUUGUGCGCCAUGACCAGCCUCAGCUCCACACUGCCAAGCUCGCUGUUGCUACCCCUGUAGCCUACCACGCGGCCCCUGUAGCGUACCAGGCUGCCCCAGUUGCCUACCACGCGGCCCCUGUAGCGUACCAGGCCGCCCCAGUUGCCUACCACACUUCUCCACUCCGCUACUCCUCGGCUGAAUCUGUCUCGUCCCAAAACAUCGUCCGUCAUGACCAGCCCCAGACUAUCCAAUACGCCGCUCCUGUAGCCAAGUUGGCCGUCGCUGCUCCCGUAGCUUACCACGCUGCUCCCGCCCCUGUUACCUACCACGCCGCCCCUGCCGCCGUGUCUUACCACUCUGCCCCAGUAGCCAAAAUUGUAGCUCACCAAGCUGAGGAAAUUGCCUACCCCAAGUACGAGUACAACUACUCCGUAGCUGACGGUCACUCCGGCGACAACAAGUCCCAACAAGAGGUACGCGACGGUGAUGUUGUGAAGGGUUCAUACUCUUUCCACGAAGCUGACGGCUCUAUCAGAACUGUUGAAUACACCGCUGACGACCACAGCGGCUUCAACGCGGUCGUCCACAACACCGCCCCCACAGCCGCCCCUACUCACAUCAAGGCUGUGCCCGCUCUUCAGUACUACCACCACUAAUUUUUUUGUGAUUUAGGACUGUUGUUAUGACUUACGACUAAUUUAUUUAAUUUAAAGAAACUAAUAAAUGAUUCUUAAUGGAA